AUGUUUUCAGACCAGGGGACCAAUUUCGUUGGAGCAGAGAAAGAAAUGCGCCAGUUAGUAAAAGAAUUAUGCAAUGAUGUUGUUCUAAAGGCGAAGCUACAACAAGGUUUGGAUUGGAACUUCAAUCCUCCUUUUGCUCCUCACAUGGGAGGAGCCCGGGAAGCCAUGGUAAAACUGGCAAAACGUGCGAUAACAUCCACAACAAACGGAGCUCAACUUACAGAUGAUGAACUUUCCACCGUUGCAGCUGAAUGCGAAGCCAUGUUGAAUAAUCGUCCGUUGACGUAUGUAGGAAGUGAUCCAGAUGACGUAGAGCCUCUGACCCCCGCGCAUUUCCUAGCUGCAGGACAGUUAAUGCCAUUGCUGCCGAGCGAAAUUCAAGUUGAUGAAGUCUCACCAAAACGGCGUUGGCUAUUUCUACAGUCCAUCAUGUCAAAGAUUUGGAAAAGGUGGCAGAAAGAAUAUCUGCCUUGCCUUCAACGACGGCCAAAAUGGAAUCAAACAGUACGAAAUUUGGAACCUGGUGACUUAGUGUUAAUAUUGGACCCAAAUCAGCCAAGAGGACGGUGGCUAAGGGGCAAAAUUGAAGAAACAUUUCCAGACGACCGAAACGUUGUGCGAUCAGCCAAAGUCUUAACUCAGAAUGGAGUAUUACACAGACCUGUGACUAAACUUAUACUCUUAUCAAGAGAACAUUAA